GCUGCUUUUUUUUUUUCUGUCCCGUUGUAUCGCUGGUUGCUGUGGUGGGAUGAUGCGUUGCAGCCUUUCAAAGUUAAUCGGGUGUCAGGCUGUUCUUUCAUCCAGGGCCCAGUCCUGGCUAGCUAGCUUAAUUUAGCUUCAGAAGAUGCUGUAGACGUGUUAGCUGCUCCGUGCAAGUGAGUCUGUUUAAGAGGGUUAGUGGAGCAUGUAGCGCUGUUCAUUUAAGCACAGCCUUUCUCCUAUUAAUGUGAACACGUCAACGAUGUCACGUUACCGACAUUACAUUACGUUAUUUAACGCGCAGAGCUUUUGAUAUCGAAACAAAAUCAUAGUUACUAUCGUUAGCUCUGCAUUUAGUUUGCCUAUAUAACUCUAUAUUAGCAGGACGCGACAGAAGUAGCAUUGAUACGCUAGUUGUUCAUCCGGUGCUCCGGCUGGUUGGUCUUUGCAACUCCAGCUCGUGGGAUUACAGUGGAACGCCGGCACGCACUGAAUUUAAGCGUUGCUCUCGUGUGAGUUUAUAUAUUUUACACCCCCAUAACCCACUCAGACAUGUAGGCCUGUGCGCCGUCAGUUGUACCAGCAGUGCCAGUAGGUUAUGUGUGCACCCCGGGGCGCUGAGCACCCCGCCCCCAUUCUAGUCCAGUCACUCUUCCAAAUGCUCACGUGUCAAUAUAAGAAGCCGUGGGUGGAGUUAUACGUGGCUCGUGGGGGACCCCCAUUACAUUCGAUAGCUCUGCUUUUGUAUUCGCAAUGGAAGAGGGCAUCGCGCGCGGCUCUAUUCAAAUAUGGUGUAAAGCCUCGCGAAUGUUUUCGUGACGUUACUCUGGAGUUAUUAAAACAGACUCGGCACGUUGUCCCUUUAUUUAUAAGCGUCAAAGUGGACAAAGUACCGCUUAGAUAAAUAGUAGGCUUUAAUGGAUUCUUGGUGCACUGAAACCGAUGCGUGAUGCAGUUGUGUAUUUCAGCCCCACGCUGACGUGUGUCUGUGGGUCCCUGAGCAUGAGCCCAUGUUGUGUUCAAACAAACCGUAAGUAACUUUACUAGAGGACACUGUCCUCUACCGCCUGCUCGGGGCUCGAGUCCCCUAUAGCAAGUUAGACUGGGAUGGUAGCCCCCAUACCACAGCAAAACUAUAUGGAAUACAGUGGAGUGACCAGAAGAAACUAUAAAAACAACUUUAAAUAUUUCUAUGAAAAUAAAUGUGUUUUGAAUACACGUGGUGCUGCAUUUGUUGAUACCAACUUUCAGCGCUCCACAUUUUCCAGAUGAAUGAAAGCUGACAAAGUUGGCAAACAAGAAAAAUGUAAUGCAUCUUCAAAAUAUGCACCUUUUGCUUUUCAACUGAUGGUAGAUUGCUCUUCAGAGGUAAUGCUGUGUCCGUAGGAGCGGAUCAAAAGGCACUGUUACGGUUAGAAAAGUCAGGGAACAAAAUGUUCAGUUUUUCUCGUGUUUUUUCUUAACCCCGCCCACCACAGCCCCUAUGCAUGCUGUAUGGUUGAACAGUGUAUGCUCCGAUUACAAUGACACGCGCAACAAGUACUCAGGAUUUCAUAUAUGAAGGGAGAACAAACUCAUUUAUUCAAUUAGAAAUGGAUACAAUUGUAUAAUAUUUGAAUCAAAUAAUGAAAGACCUCUAUGGCCUGUAUGUUUUAGUCUAUUGUUUCAAAAGAAACAAAAUGCUACAUCAGCAUUUCUUUUCCAGACACAGAAAUGAUAUUCACAAAGAUGUAUAAUGACAGUUAGUUGCAUCUUGUAUCAGUGAGAGACAAUAAGUAGUUUAAAGGUUCAGCAGCUGACUGGAUGGUGAGACACAUUGGAAUGAGAGCACGUGCAAAAAGUAAAGGUGAAAAUCAAAGUGAGGUUUUCUAAAGCCGUAGUUAACCCACUACUGAAAGAGAACGGCCCGUGCCCUUUAUUAGUAUUUAUUUGAGUUGCAUCAUAUUAUCAAACACUGAGAGUGGCUUAUCAAAUAUUGCUUUUGGCCCUCAGUCGAGCUUGAUGAGUAAACAGUAAAUUGUAUGUGGGGUGUUUUCAACAUCCACUUAACAGUUUAGAGGCACUCAGGCUGAACUAUCUCACGAUGUCUGAUCUUAUGGUAAAAUGAAUCCUGGAUCCGUGAGAAUCCAUAUGGGAGUGGGGAACUUAUCAUCAGUUGAUUUCUGUUGAUAUAUUUGACCUUUACUCAAGUCUUAUUUAUCCCAUUCACAUGUCUCUUUGUCAUGAAUUAUUUUUACUUUUCUACAUGUAUCAUUUCAAUCCCUCAGCCCCCCCCCCCCCUCCAAAUGGCUGGGAGUUGCUGAAGUAUGCACAGCUGUAAGGGUAAAAGCCUUGACUGACGUGUGAUGCUGUGUUCUUUGCAUGUGCAGAGCGUGUUCUUAUCUAAAUCCUUGAGAUAUAAAACUCACCAUAUUUUAGCUUGAUGCUACAUUAUUCUGUCUGCUGUUGAAUCAAACCAAACACGCAUGUUGAACAGUCACCUCUGAUCUUCAUGAUUUUUGGUGUUAGGACUCUGGGGCAAUGUGACAUACUGGGUUUAAUUGUUGUCCAGCUCUGCCCUGUUUCCUGUACAGAGCCAUGCAUGCCGUACAGACGAGGCCAGACAGAUUGCGAUUGGUUUUUAAAUAAAGAAAAAAAUGAUAAUUUCUUCUGGUCGUCUGAACAAAUGUAUAUACUAACCUAGUGCCUCAUUUAGCAUCCAAGCAAGAUAUGUUGUCACAUCCAGGUUCGUUUUCUUUACUCUAGUCAAAUCCUUAAAGAAAGCACUCGGCUCUAGCCUGUGGACAUUGGGAUCAAUGCUGUGUUUGAUGUGUCCUUUAUAGAGGCCAUGAUGCCUGCCAGCAAAACAGAAACCAGUAUUUUCUGGUGCCAUGUUACAGUAAAUGGCACAUGAUUAUAUCAAGUAUAGUAGUCUGUUAUGACCAGCUGUUUGCAGUGAGCCAGUGAUAUAAUCGAAUGAGCUUGACACACAGCUCUAGCUAAUGCUAGUGACUUUCUGGGGAUUUCUUCCAUCAUUGGAACGUACUACUGUGCACUGUCACAGAUCAGGUCUCUGUCAGUACUGCACUAAAGGAGUGGAUGUAGUUGGCUGCUAGGUGGACGUCAAUCAUCACAUGUGUGGGUUUUGUUAAAGACAUUUCUCAAAUAGAGAACCCCUGGUCCUCACUUAUCCAGACAGCUGUUUUAAUGUUGGGUCAGCGGUUGGCAUUAAUUCCACAUUGUCAAAGCUUCGUGAAUGUGAGUGAGUAGAAUGAUGGUUAAACCUGCAUGUGUGUACACAUGAACAUGGGGGGGGGGGGGGGGAGAUCGGCAGUAACACGUUGUGUGGCAUGUAGUUUUACCACAUCUUCCAGGGAGUGUUCUGUUUGUACGAGAGCUGAAUGUUUGAAGAGAAUUCUACAUUAUGUAUUGGUGAAUAAGACGGCUUGUUCUGAGCUGUGUUUUUACUACAGGAUCCUGCUACUGGCCCCGUUUUAUUUCUCUUUGCAGUGCUGGAAAUGUAAUCCUCCAGUUGACGCAUCUCUUCUAUUUGUUGCUAAUAUUGAAUUAAUAAAAGAUAAUGGAAGUAAAUUCAUCAGUUUUUUAAAUUAUGAAUCAUUACCAAUAUGCAGUGUUUUAAAAAUAGCAGAUAGUCAGUGAGAAAAUCUAAAUCAUGUAUAGAAACAUUUCGAUGCAUCAAAAUGAAUCUCUAAUGGUUUCAUAAUGGCAUCGUAGCCCUGAGAAUCUGAAUGGAAUUUUGAGGUGCCUAGAGAUCCCCACCCCUACUGAACAGGCCUGCUUGUUCAAAGUCACAGGGAAGAGAUGUUUGGUUUGAAGGCGUGCACAGCAGCCCUUACAUAAGACGCAGAAAAACGUCUCCAACUGAACUUGUCCUGAGCCUCACAGAGAAGAGACGGAGCAGAGAGUUCCUAUUUGUUUGGAACAGAAGAUUGUUAGUGUGUGUGUUCAUGUACAUACGUGAACUAGCUGCUGUGGUCCGAUGAGAAUGAAGUGCAUAGAAGAACAGAUAGAUGGUUCUAAAACCCAAUCUGCAAAUAAGAAUGGGAAGAAGGGGGACUCUGGGUCCAGCAGCAGCAGCAGCUUCUUCACCUGGUUCAUCGUGCUGGCCCUGCUGGGCGUCUGGACAUCUGUAGCCGUGGUCUACUUUGACCUGGUGGACUAUCAGGGAGUCCUUGACAAGGCUAAGGGCUUACAAAUUAACCUGUCUGACGCCUUGCAAGGUAAACUGGUGGCAUACGAUACAGAUGGCGAUGGUGAUUUUGAUGUCGAGGAUGCUAAAGUCCUGCUAGGACUGAAAGAGAAGGCUGUGGUUGUCACUUCCCGUCGUGAAGAAGCUGCUGCUCCAGUGGAGAUUCCAGAAGUUCAACUGACACCAGAAGCUGUUGUUGAGCCUGAGCCUCUGGAAGAUGUGAUUGAAGCUGCUGUAGCAGAGGACUCUUCUGCACCACCACCAGAGCCUGAGCCUGAACCUGAGGAAGAACCUGAGGAAGAGCCAGAGCCUGUGGAGACUCCUGAGGUGAUUGAGGAGGAACCAGAGGUGCUGGAGGAGGAGCCUCCUGCUGAGGAAGAGGAGGCCCCUGUGGAGGAGGCUGUUCCAGUUGAGGAGGUUGAAGAAAUGAUGGCCAACCAGACUGAAGAGGAGGCAGCACCUGAAGAGGAAACAGAGCAGGCUGCUGAGGAGGAGGAGGAGGCUGCUGAGGAGUCUGUGGAGGAAGAGGCUGCUGAGGAGUCUGUGGAGGAAGAGGCUGCUGAGGAGUCUGUGGAGGAAGAGGCUGCUGAGGAGGCUGUCGAGGAAGAGGAGGCUGUUGAGGAGGAGGCUGCUGUGGAGGAGGAGGAGGAGGCUGCUGAGGAAGAGGCUGCUGAGGAGGCUGUGGAGGAAGAGGUGGCUUACGAGGCUGUGGAGGAACUUGCAGUAGAGGUGGAGGCUGCAUUCGAGGAGGCCGAGGAAGAGGAGGAAGAGGCGGCUGCAGAUGAGUCUAUGGAAGAACCCGCUACGGCACAGGAGGCCGAGGAGGAGGCUGCUGCUGAAGAGGUGGCGUCAGAUGUUGAGACUGUAGAGGAAGAGAGCGCUCCGGCAGAAGAAUCUUUUGAUGAGCCCACUGAAGAGGAUGAAGCUGUUGAGGAGGAUGUGGAGGAGAUAGUGGAAGAUGAGGAGCCUGCUGAGGAGGAGGCGGCUCCAACAGAAGAAGCUGUUGAGGAUGUAGCCGAAGAGGAGGAGGCAGCUGUGGAAGAGGAGGCAGCUCCAACAGAAGAAGCUGUAGAAGAUCCUGCUGUGGAGGAGGCCGCAGACACAGAGGCUGCUCCUGAAGGCGUAGUAGUUGAGGAGCAAACAGUAGCAGAGACGGAAGAUGAAGUAGAACACGAAGUAGAGGAGGCAGCAGAAGAAGCAGCAGAGUUUGUGGAGACAGAAGAACAGAUUCAGGACGAGCCCACAGAAACGUAAAGGCUGCCGCGGUCGUCGUGGUGACGGAGCAGGGACCCAAUGACCUUGCAUCAGCACCAUCUGAGCAUGCUCAGAGCGAUGAUGCGCCUCUCCUCCUCCACAGAAAAGAAAUUGAGUUGUUAUGACAACACUCUCUUCCCCCCUGUGUGGCCCCCCCCCCCCCCUGUUUUCACACCUUCCUUCAAAUGUCCCUUUUGGUGUAAAUGUGAGAUAAUGGAUGAAUUAUUAUCUUUUACGGUACUCCUGUUUUUCCCCUUCUUGUUUUCCCCUGAAUCCCGUUCUUUGUUUCUUUAAGUAGAGCCCCCAUUUCCAUUUGUGUUCAGGGUGAUGUAGUUCUGUGUGACUGAGGCCAGAUGGUCAAGCCAUGUGAACGCUAUGUGCUCUACUUGCAGCUAGUUUACCGGAGUCUUAUCUGCAAGAGCUGUAACUUUAAACCAGUCUGGAACUUUAUUUUGAAGUCUCUUAGUUUGGCUUCCUGGAGCUCAAUUCUGUUGCUAACCAAACUUGAGGCCAACGUGCACGGCUGAGCCAGGAGAUUGGGGUCUAUACAGUGAGGUGACUUUGUUGGGUCAGAAGAUUCACAGAUACUAAACUUAGCGAACCCAACACUGCAGAGUUUAUCCCCUCUGGACCUUUCCCUCCUGCUGAUAAGAAAUCUGCUUGAUGGAGGUAAUAAUAAAAUAUUUCAAAUUUAGUAAUCAAACUAAAGGUGUAAUGUCCUCCACUCUAUUGCAGGGCAAGUUCAGAAUUACGAAGAACAUUUCCAUUCAGCUGUGUAGUUCUGGUCACAGCAUUGUAGAUUCUAUGCAAAGCUGUCGUGAUCUCUCUCACCCACUUCCCUCACCCCUCCUCACCCAGCCAGUUUACUUACCACUGAGUAUGAGCCUUAUGCUAGCAUGUGAAUUCGGAGAGAGCUUGUGUGUGUGUGUGUGUGUGUGUGUGUGUGUGUGUGUGUGUGUGUGUGAGCAUGUGUGCGGAUGAAUUCCUUUUGUUUCCCGUGAUGAGCAUGUUCUUGUGUGUUGACACAUCUCUUCUACUAGUCAACCCUCUCAGUGAGCCCUAGAGUCAUGAUGUACUUUUGAGACUGUUGAACUAUUUUCUCCUCAUUUGUUCUCUCGCUACCUUUACCUCUGUGUGUUUGUGUUCCGUCGAUUCCUUGCUCUUAAUUCUUUCCGGAUACGGUUACAAAGACCAUCAAACUAUCCUAUCAAAUCAUUUUAAAAUGAAGUUGUAACUUUAAACUUCUGUUUCUUGAGUUUAAACUGUGAUGUAAAUUAGGACAUAAUGGAUGGUGCAAAGCUGUCGCACUGUGGUGUAAAGACUGUUUUUUUUUUAAACACACCAGCUAUACAUGGAUCUGGUCUAGCAGGCUGAUGCAGACAGGAUAGUAGCACUGAAGCAUUUUAACCCCGUGUGAUCCAGACUCCACUUUCUUUUCUCUGAAUCACAAAUGGAGAAAUGCAUCAGGCAUCAUAUUCCUGUGGAAGUCGGCCUCCAGUUAAAUUAUCCGACAUCUUUGUUUUUAUCAUCAGUGACAUGUUUUUUAUUUACUAAAAGGGAAAGUUGGCGACACGUUUCUUUAGUCACUCUUCCCUUUUCCUUUGUGACAGAAUCAGAAUUUGUCUUGGUGUGUGUUUCAGUCACUGAUCCUCGGUAGCAGGGCCCUGUUAUCAGAGAGCAAAACAUCAUUCCAUCGCAGAAUUAAAAUUGUGGAAUUAUGAGAGCGUUAUGCAUCUUAUUUUGAAGGCGAUGGCCAGAUCUGCAGGUAAACAUCCUCUGGUGUCCCUGUUGCAUCAGAAGAUAUUUUAGCUUUGGGUAAAUGGGUGCAGCUCUGUGGAGAACACAUUCCUGUUGGGAUGCGGACAAACAAUAUGUCGAUCUGAUGUUUUAGGAUAAAUCACAACACUACUAGUGGAAGAACAGAGACCACGUAAAACAUACCUCUUUUUUUAUUCUUUUAUUUGGUGUCACAGACCCACUUUGUGUUUCUAGUCCUGACAUUUUGUAACUACCAGAUUGUUUUCAUGGUGUGCAGUAGAAGUUUUUGUAGGAUGUCUCGUCUACUAGCUGGUCUUUUCUACUUCCUGACACUUUGUAAGUCAAUGUGAACUGUAAAACCUUUUUAACAUUGAAGAUUACAGUCUUUACCAAGAGAGAGCUUCUAGAUUUUUAAAAGUUAACGUUUAAAAAAAAAAAAAAAAAAAAUUUUUGAAAAUACGUUGAAAGCUUUUCACAAAGCCAUAAGAUGUUUGACAGGCAGGUUUAAGGGGCUGUGCUACUUCAGGACAAUGGUUUAUUCUCUAACAAUACAAAAGGAAGAGCAAUGAAAUAAAGCCGCAGAGCAACCACACACUGCAGCAACCCGGUGAAACAGAUUAGGAUCUCUUUCAUUACUGAUCUUUGAUGAGAAGUCAUGUACGUGCUGCGAUGACAUGGACAGCGGUGCUCCCAGACAAAGAGGGGGUCAGUUGUUGACGGCUGGAAACAGUAGACGAGCUCCACAGUAUUAUGAGGAAAUACAGUUGUUUGUUAACAGCUGCCUCAGCUGUCUGCAGGUCUAAUACUGAUGAUGCUUAAAUUAUUGUGAAGUAAUGAUGGAUUGUGGAUAUUUGAAGUGUCACAGUUUUCUGUAAAUGAUCUUUUGCUGCAAUAAAAGGUUUGGGACAACA